AUUGGCUGAUAGCGUCACGUGACUUUCUGUGUAUACGCUGUAAUUUGGCGGUAUUACAGACUAAGCGUCAGUCGGUCAACAGUACGAGUGAAGGAUUUGAAGAAAGAUGGCAGGAGGCAAAGCAGGAAAAGACUCUGGAAAGGCGAAGGCAAAGGCAGUGUCCCGUUCUGCAAGGGCUGGACUCCAGUUCCCCGUUGGUCGUAUCCACAGACAUUUGAAAAACAGAACAACAAGCCAUGGUCGCGUUGGUGCAACAGCCGCCGUGUACAGUGCUGCAAUUUUGGAAUACUUGACCGCUGAAGUACUGGAAUUGGCUGGAAAUGCUAGUAAAGAUUUAAAAGUAAAGCGUAUCACACCUCGUCACUUGCAAUUGGCCAUUCGUGGAGAUGAAGAGUUGGAUUCCCUUAUCAAAGCUACAAUUGCUGGUGGUGGUGUCAUUCCUCACAUCCACAAAUCUCUCAUUGGAAAGAAGGGAUCACAGAAACCUACGUAAAAUGUUUGGAACUUGCUGUAUGUUUGCCGUCUAGUGUAUUAGAUCAUCGUGUCAAGUGUGAACCAUCAAACUUCACGAAUGGAAGAUCAAUUCAUUUCUCAUUUGACUUCAUCAUCAAGCCAUUGGAUUUUAACCCAUGCAUUGCCAGUCUGGAAAAAUUUCAUUUUGAUUUCUCAUGUAAUAAAAGAACAUGUGCACUUUUCUUGGGCAGCUGUUGACUGACCAGUUGUGAUGUAUCCUUGUCUGUGCAAGUGGAUUUAUAAAUGACAGAAAAAACGUAUGGAAGCAGAUCAAUUGGGAA